UAAUAGUACUAGUUUUCAGAUAAGAACAGGGAAGAGAAGUGGUGUGUCAAAAGAAAACAAGAAACUCUAAAAUGGCAAUGCUUAGGCUUAGUUCACAUCAGAAUCAGAAUGGUAAUAUUCUUAUUACCAGAACCUUGUUUAAGAUGAUUAUAAUAUUUGUUCUAGCAAUAUUUCUAUUGUUACAAAAUUCAUCCACCAACCUUGUUUUUGCUACAUCUCAAUUCAAUAUUGUGAAGUAUCUUCCUGGUUUUCAAGGACCCCUUCCCUUUGUACUAGAAACUGGGUAUGUGGGAGUGGGUGAAACUGAAACAGAUGAAAAUUCCGCGGAAUUGUUCUACUAUUUUUUAGAGUCUGAGAAUAAUCCUAAACAAGAUCCUCUCUUGCUUUGGUUAACUGGUGGUCCUGGUUGCUCUGCUUUUUCUGGCCUUGCCUUUGAAAUAGGUCCAAUAACGUUUAAAAAUGAGGAAUACAACGGGAGCUUACCAAAUUUGAUCUUGAGGCCACAUUCAUGGACAAAGGUAAGUAAUAUUAUAUUUUUGGAUUUGCCUGUGGGUACUGGAUUCUCUUAUCCCAAAACAGAAGGUGCUGCUCAGCAAAGCACUUGGAAGCUAGUUCACAAUGCUCAUCAAUUUCUUAGGAAGUGGCUCAUUGAUCAUCCAAAAUUUAUCUCAAAUGAAGUGUACAUUGCUGGUGACUCGUACUCAGGCCUUCCUAUCCCAAUUAUCGUUCAAGAAAUUUCAUAUGGAAACGAAGGGGGCCUUCAACCGUGGAUAAACCUUCAGGGAUACAUACUAGGAAAUCCCGUAACUUGGCCAGCUCACGACGAUAAUUACAAAAUACCAUUUAAUCAUGGCAUGGGACUUAUUUCUGAUGAACUCUACGAGUCAUUGCAAAAGAAUUGUAGAGGUGAGUAUAAAAAUAUAGAUCCCCAAAAUGUAUUUUGUCUAGAAGACAUCCAGUCCUAUCAAGAGACUAUAUCAGGAGUCUAUGAAGUUCAUAUUUUGGAAUCGAAAUGCGAGUUUGGUUUACCUAAUCCAUUGGAAGCCAAUGGUAGGAGGAGACUUCUUAUUCACAAGGCCAACACCAUCUUUACUUCUUCUCUUACAUUGCCACCUUUAAACUGUCGGAGUCAUGCAUAUUUCCUCGGUGCGUAUUGGGCCAACGACGCUAAUGUUCAAAAUGCAUUGCACAUUCGAAAGGGAAGUAUAGGAAAAUGGAAGCGUUGUAACUUUGACAUACCCUUCAAGCACGAAAUAGAUAACAGCUUUGAGUAUCAUGUAAAUCUUAGCAGAAAAGGCUAUCGUUCAUUAAUAUACAGUGGGGAUCAUGACAUGAAAGUUCCAUUUGUGGCAACUCAAGCAUGGAUAAGAUCUUUAAACUAUUCCAUUGUUGAUGAUUGGAGGCAGUGGUAUUCUAAUUCUCAAGUAGCAGGAUAUACUAGGACUUACUCAAAUCGGAUGACAUUUGCAACUGUGAAGGGUGCAGGACAUACGGCUCCAGAGUACAAACGUGAAGAAUGCUUAGCCAUGUUGAGUAGGUGGAUAUCUAAUAACCCACUCUAGGAAUUAAUACACCAAUUGAUAUAGGGAUGAUGCAUUUUAUUUUCGUUCUAUUUGGGGAGAAUUUUUGGAGGUUAGAUAGUUGUCUUAAUUCUCUUUAAGCAUGUCGGAGAGAGUUUCACCUGCAAGUCUUGUGAAAUUGCAGUGUUUGCUGUAACAUAAAAUGAUAUUUGGGUUAAUUAAGUUAUUAGUCCCUAUAAAUAUUUACAGUUUUGUUUUUAGUUCCUACAAAAUAAAAUCACACUUUUUAGUUCA